AUGUUGACCGAGGUGCCGACAAGGCCUCCGUACAACACCAUCCCGGGUGGCGGCCCAGAAAUCAGAGACCUUGAGACACUCAUACAAGCACUGAACUACCAGAUUCAACAUCCAAUCUUGUAUAACGACUCCCCUCAGAUCGGCACCCCUAUCAACGCCAUAUUAGACUGGCCUAUGGCUACAAAGGCUGGUUUCGCCGCAUUCAUUCGGGACGAUGUUAACGAGGUAUUCAAACAUAUGCUGGAAUACUGGGGCCACUAUCUCAAAACGCGGGAGUCAGUUCAGCCCGUGACGACCGACGCAGGAGGUUGGCUAUCGCAAGAUGCCCAGAUCCAGGAGGCUGGGCUGAGCAACUUUUUGGACACCUACAUCGUUCCUGAUCCCAAAGACCCGAUUCAUUACGGCUUUACUUCCUGGGAUCAAUUCUUCACCCGCGACUUCAAGCAUGGCCUCCGACCGCUCGCUUGUCCUCACGAUGAUAAUGUCAUCGUCAGUGCCACCGAAUCAACUCCUUUCUACAUCCGGAGAAACGUCCAGCUUCGAGACACCUUUUGGGUGAAGAACCCCGACGGCCGAUCAAACUACAGCCUCGCGGAUAUGCUCGGCGACGAGGGAAAGGCCCAGCAAUUCGUCGGAGGUACUGUUUAUCAGGCAUUUCUGAGCGCGGAUAGCUACCACAAUUGGCAUGCUCCCGUUUCUGGCUCAUAUACAGAAUGCCCCAAGAUCAUCAAUGGCGCAUAUUACUCAGAGCCUCUCAUGUGGGGGUUCAGCCCGGACAAGGGAAUAGCACAUCCGGACAUCGGCGCCGACGCGCUAUCACAAAGCUACAUCUCCGCGGUUGCCAAGCGUGGCGUUGCCUACAUCCAGGCGGACAACCCUGACAUCGGCCUGAUGGCUGUAGUCAUGAUUGGCAUGGCUGAGGUUUCCUCUGUUGACUUUUUCGAUAAGCCAAACGGCUUCAAGAAGGGAGACAAGAUUGGGCGCUUCCACUUCGGCGGCUCAACUCACUGCCUCAUCUUUGGGCCCAACGUCAAGCUGUCCUUCAACCUAGAUGCGAUCCCCAAUCCCGGCGUGCAGAAUCCAGGCUCUCCUAUCCAUGUUUUGAGUAGGCUUGCUACAGUCAACCCAUCGAAUUGUUAG